CCCCUCCCCUGCGCCCCGGGAAUGCUGGGUUGUUUACAUUACUGGCACACGGGUCAGUAGUGUGGUGCUGAGGGGGGCCUAGCAGCGCAGAGGCUGUCUGAAAACACGUACACAUCCCGACUGGCUCUACGGCACAGGCGUUCUCAGCGUGAAAACUUUGUAGCGCACAGGCAAAGUGCCACGCAACAAGAGAGGCCCGCCGAGUCGACUUUUUUUUGCAGCGACCUUGGAAAGAAAGGGAAAGUCAAAACAAAGACAACCGCCAUAACCAGCAGGAGAAACUCUCAACGUGAAGGAGGAAUAGCUUAGCAACAGAGUCCCACUUCCUGAGGUGUACAGGAUCGAGCUCCUAACACCAUGGAUAUGGACACGCAGCCACAAGGACAGCAAGCAGCCGUGCCAGUGUUUCAACCCCAGAAACCAUUGCAGCCAGAUAUGGGCCACAAUUCACUGGCUAACUUCCAGAUUGAAAAGAAGAUUGGACGUGGCCAGUUCAGUGAGGUUUAUCGAGCAAGAUACCUGUUAGACAACACAUCAGUGGCCCUGAAGAAAGUUCAGAUAUUCGACUUGAUGGAUGCCAAAGCUCGGCAAGAUUGCAUCAAAGAGAUAGAUCUCCUUAAGCAAUUGAACCACCCCAAUGUGAUAAAGUACCAUGCUUCUUUUAUUGAGGACAAUGAACUGAACAUAGUACUGGAGUUAGCAGAUGCCGGGGACCUCUCUCGUAUGAUCAAGCACUUUAAGAAGCAGAGGAGGCUUAUCCCAGAAAGAACAGUGUGGAAGUACUUUGUCCAACUCUGCAGUGCGCUUGAACAUAUGCACUCCCGGAGAGUCAUGCACAGAGAUAUCAAGCCCGCCAAUGUAUUCAUCACAGCUACCGGCGUAGUGAAACUGGGAGACUUGGGGCUGGGACGAUUCUUCAGCUCCAAAACAACUGCUGCUCACUCGCUAGUGGGUACUCCUUACUACAUGUCACCAGAGAGGAUACACGAAAAUGGCUACAACUUCAAAUCUGACAUCUGGUCACUAGGAUGCCUGCUCUAUGAGAUGGCAGCCCUACAGAGUCCGUUCUGGGAUAAGAUGAACCUCUACUCGCUUUGUAAGAAGAUAGACACAAUGUGACUACCCCCCUCUUCCUCAGAUCACUACUCAGAGGAGCUGAGGAACUUGGUAGAUAUGUGCAUCAACCCCGACCCGGAGAAGAGGCCGGACAUCACCUACGUGUACGACAUUGCCAAACACAUGCAGAACAUGACACAGGGCAGUUAAGCCCUGAGUUACACACACUAUGCCUUGCAGAACUCCUCCCAACAUCCCCUCUUGCUUUUCAUGCUGGACUCGUAAUAAACCUUACAGCUUAUUUUCAGAGCACAGCUCUGGAGUAAGUAGUACAUGUACAUGUAACAGAUUUUUAUUGUCAUGGAGAUGGUAUAGUCACUAACAUGACUGACACCCAAACCUUUUCUGCCCUAGGAUAAAGAUUAUAGAGAUGAUACUUUUUGUCCAUGGAUCUCCCAUUCCUUAACUUCAGUAAUGUUAUUAUUACACUGAAAAUCAGUGUAUUGUAGCUCACUGAUGUGUUGCUUUGGCUUUAAAAAGCUGUCAUUUUUUCAUGUAGUGAUGUAAAGCUGUCCUUCAGCAGCUGCUACUAGCAGAUAUACUGAUAGAAAGCAGGUAUACUGGAAACAGGUAAAAUUUGGAAAAUUGUAACGUUCAGUGUUUUUUAGUUAAACAGUUAAUCGUUGCAACUAAGACGAAAUAUCACCUUGUAGGCUUAUGGUGUGUCAAAUUAGACCUGUAGUUAUCAAAUGGCACAGGGAAAGACC